AUGAUGGAGAUCGACGUGCCAUUGCCGCCAGCGGUGAUCAACUUACCAUGGGUGGAAAAAUAUCGUCCUGAAUCCUUGACUGAUAUGAUAUCUCACGAGGAAAUCAUCAAGACACUCACUCGCUUUGUAAAAUCGGACAAGCUGCCACACUUGUUGUUCUAUGGGCCUCCUGGUACUGGCAAAACUAGUGCCAUACUAGCAGUGGUUAACACAAUGUACUCGGAUAAACAGCGCAAGUCGAUGGUUCUCGAGCUCAAUGCCUCAGAUGAUAGAGGUAUCGGUAUAGUGAGGGACGAGAUCAUAACAUUUGCGCAAACGAAAUCACUCCAGAGAGAUAAAGAGACGACAGAUUUGAAGUUUGUUAUUCUUGAUGAAGCUGAUGCCAUGACAAAGGAUGCACAGAAUGCGCUGAGGCGAGUCAUAGAAAAGUACACCUCAAAUGUUCGUUUCUGUAUAAUUUGUAACUACCUCUCUUCUAUAAUUCCUGCCAUCCAGUCUCGAUGUACUCGAUUUCGAUUUGCCCCUUUGUCUAUGGAUCACAUCCUGCCGAAGCUUAAUUAUGUGAUUGCGGAGGAGAAGCUUACGGUCACUGAAGACGGUAAACAAGCGCUACUGAAGCUGUCAGGGGGUGAUAUGCGUCGUGUUCUGAACGUGCUUCAGAGUGUGGCAAUGGCUUCUUCGACAAUUGAUGAGACGACUGUUUACGAAUGUGUGGGACAACCUACACCUAAGCACAUUGAGAAGAUUUUGCAAAUUCUUAUGAAUGACUCGUUCGCUUCAUGUUGCCGAAAGUUGGAGAAAGAAUGCGGUGGAGAGGGCUAUGCUUUGGUAGACGUGCUUUCACGGUUGCACGAUGUUAUAUUUCAAUUGGAUCUGCCUGCAAAUGCAAGUUUUUUUUUCUGUAUUUCGGAAGACAACAUUAUCUAUGCCAGUGUGAUGAUAUGCUUGAUUUCUGCACUUGCUGACACCGAGCAACGUCUGGCGGUUGGUGCUUCGGAUCGCAUACAGAUAGGAGGUCUAGUAGGAGCAUUCAUGCAAGCUCGUAGAAUGAUCAAGGAAGCUGCUAAGAGCUAG